AUGGAGCGACUGAAGGAACUAGAGGAGAAAAGAAGGCAAUUGAAGGAAUUGCGUGAAAGGCGGAAACAUGCCAGCGUGCUGAGCAGCGAGACGGUGUUGGCGGCGAGCGGCCGGCGGCCAGCAACGCCAACGCCAACGCCAACGCCAACGCCAACCAUGGUGAGCGUUUCUGUGCAGACUGACAUGGAGGAGGCUGGAACGGCCCGUAGGGCCGUUUCAGCACAUCACCGACGCAAAGAAGUGAUAUCGUACGACAAAGGCAUCCAAACGGAACAGAUCGGACCGGACCAGGAACAAGAGGAUGAGGGCGCACUAGCUACUGCUGUUGCUCUGGUUGUCGAGAACAGUAGCGAGGUGGAAGACGUUCAGGUGAGACUGGAACUUGCCAAGCCUGUGCUCGUGGAAGACGCGGCGGCAACGCUAAAUGACGCCAGCUUUGCACGGCUGGAGACGUUUGCUCCGGGAGCAGGCGAGCAGUCGCUCCGGGACACGCAACAAGACUUAGACGGGCCGAUGCAAUGGGCCAUGGUAAGCGAGAGCGUGCAACUCGACAGCGGCUGCGAGCGCGUCGCACAGGAAUACGACCCGGCCAAGGGGAUCCUGGUCGUUGCGUACGUGCGGUUACCGCCCGCAGCGCGGCGGUACGCCAGCGACGAGACGGUGUGGUCUGUGGUGAACGUCGUGAAGUGCGACAGCGCCAACGGCCGCAACGGCCAGUUGGUGGACCUUGUGGAGUUUCGCGGCACACGGGUGAUGAGCGCUACGAUUCUGCGCCGCGAGCACCACGAGAGCCAGGUGGUGUCCAUUCUGCUGACUACCUUUACGGGUAAGACUACGCUGUACGAGCUCAGACUGAAGCAGAAGCACGAGGCUCCCGCCGCGUACGUCGUGCAGCGGAACAUGAUCAGCAGACACUACUUCCAGCAUCCAGUGGUGGCCGUGCUCGAUACGAGCAGCGUACGGGGCCAAGAGAGAGUGUUGGUGGCGGCGGACGACGGCACCGUUGCGGAGCUGAGCUGUCUGGACCUGUCCGUGCUGCGGGCGCCCCGGCGGCUCCGGCCUGUGCCGCUGUCGCGGCUGCUGGCGCUGGAUGACGAGAGUAGUGCGUAUUUGCAGCGGCUGAAGCGGCUGGCAAAGUUCGACGAGGUGGGCGUGGCCAGUGUGGCGUACACGCGCGAGGACCCACAGCACGUGUGGGUGGGCGCGGAGGAUGGCGGCAUCUACAAGGUCGUGUGGGACCAGCCGGGACCGCUGUGCCUGGCGCUGGACAACAACGGGUUCCAACCCGCGGAUUGCCACUCUGCAAGGGUCACUGGGCUGGUGUUCUGCCAGGACGAUGCUCGGCGGCUAAUGCUGUUGCUGUCAUGCUCGACGGACUGGACCGUGCGGCUGUGGGACGUGCGGGCCGGGGAAGCAGCUGCGGGCGCGCCGCUGCAGUUGGGCGCGCCCGUACUUCAUGCGCGCUGGCUUGGCGUUGGCGGCAUUGUCGACGGUGGUGGUCGCUCGCUACGAUUCACGGUGUGGUGUGCGGACGGGCGUCACGUGGUCGCGGAGUGGGCGUUUGAUUCGGAGUCCUCCCUUUACACGGCGGUGGUUAUCUCCUAA